UGUGCACUUGAAACUCGCCGAGUCGUGACGGUAAGGCGAUUGUAUAUAAGCAGCUGAUGCUGUGAUAUGCAACACAGUCGAGCUAAGCAAGCAACACCAGCAACAUGUUCUCCAGCUCCAUCCUGCGCAUUAUCCUGGCCAUGGCCGCUGUGGUCGCCAUGACGACCGCUGCACCGCAACCAGGCUUCGGCCACGGCCACGUCAGCUACGGCCACCAAAUCCAUCACGGCCACCACGGCGGUUUCGGAGGCUUCGGUGGAUAUGGUCACGGCCAUCAUGGUGGAUUCGGCGGUGGAAAAAGUUUUGUGUACUUCAAUCAGCAUUUCCCAGUGCACCAUGGCUACCACUGAAGACAACACCUCCAACGCUCCUACUGAAAUUGCUACCUCUGAAGUCAACAGCCUCCAACGCUCCUACUGAAAUUGCUACCUCUGAAGUCAACACCUUCAACGCUCCUACUGAAAUUGCUACCUCUGAAGACAACAGCCUCCAACGCUCCUACUGAAAUUGUUACCUCUGAAGUCAACAGCCUCUAACGCUCCUACUGAAAUUGUUACCUCUGAAGUCAACACCUUCAACGCUCCUACUGAAAUUGCUACCUCUGAAGUCAACAGCCUCCAACGCUCCUACUGAAAUGGCUACCUCUGAAGUCAACAGCCUCCAACGCUCUUGCUGAAAUUGCUACCUCUGAAGUCGACAGCCUGCAACGCUCCUACUGAAAUUGUUAACUCUUAAGUCAACAGCCUCCAACGCUCCUACUGAAAUUGUUAACUCUUAAGUCAACAGCCUCCUACGCUCCUGCUGAAAUUCUCGUGGAUACCAACACGACAAAGCCCUCACUGAAUCAAUAUUAUUGGAACCACGCGAAAUGAAACAAAAAUGCUUCUACAGAAAAAAAUCUGCUCGCUCAAUAGCUGCUCUACCAGAAUCUUGGUGUGGGUACAACGCGGACAAAUUUUACGGCCAAGACUGAGCACGAACUGCUCCAUUCGAACUAUUCAUGUUCAAUAUCCAGUGUUGGUGUUCGUCUUUUGCAUUUAAAGACGCCUCGCCCUAAUAUCCAUCCACAGCUGUUCAACUUCCACAAUUUAAUUAUUUUUACGUAUUCAUACUAAUAUUUAUAGUUAUAGGUAUACUAACUAAUAUUUAUAGUUAUAUGUAUACAAUUGUUUGUGCUUUCCGUUACUUAUUUUUUGCAAAAAUUCACUGCAUUAUUCAUUAAAAAUAACAA